AUGUCUGACGACUCGUCCGGCGCCUCUUCCAUGCAGCCGCCGCCCCUGGGGCAUGCACGCCAUGCCUCUAUCUCCAGUGGCCGCCGACCCAAACUCGAGUGGGCUCCGCUCACGCCACGCCCAGCUCGCGUUAGUUUCUCAUACAGCGACAGCGCCGUGGCCAUGCCGGCCAUCGCCAUCUCGGAAUCGAAUAGCGAGGGCGAUGCGACGCAGAGCGCAGAACAGCGCUCAGAACGUAUGCAAACACGUCGAAUUCGGCAAUGGAUCGCGCGUGUGAGCGAGGCGACAGCGACGACGUCCACGUCCUUCGAGACCGAGUCGUCGUCCACAUCCAGCAGUAGCGAUGGCCUAGGCAACGCGGCCGCCACAGCAACCCGCCCCUCCCCCCUCGUGCGUCGCGCUACCAGCACACGCCGCUUGCUCAAGGCACCUGCACGACCGGCCACGCGCGGCCGCAUCUCGCUCGUCUCUCCACCCCUGAUUCCCCGCGUGGUGGACCGCUUGUCGGAUCGCUUACGAACCCAUGUACCCACCGUUCUAUGGCAAUUGGCCUACGAUCGACUGGUCCGGCCAUGGACGACGACGACCGACGACGCCGGCGCCUGGAUCCUGGGCGAAUACUUUGGCCCUGCCUGCGACACACCCACGCCGAAAGACGAUGCGUCGUCGCAUGCCUGGCAUGACGAGAUGGACAUGGCGAUUUCCAAGCUGAUUUGGUGUACCUACCGCAGCCACUUUACGCCAAUUGCUCGUACAGGAUCCAUUGGCGACGAAGAAGCAAAUGCCAAGACCAUUGCGGUAGCCACCGAGGCCUUGUAUGCCCGCGAUCCGCCCCCCGGCGCCGCGGCGCAUGAUACCCCUACGACAUCGCCGGCCGCUACGUCCACCACCCCCCCUCAAGAUACCCCCACGACGACAUCGCCUUGGACACUCCCCCCCUCGCACCUCCUAGACAACACCACAGCCGUGCACCAGUGGAUUGUGGAGCAGCUCGACAAGUGCGGCUGGCAGCUGCCAGCGGCUUGGCGGCCAGGUGUAGACCACACGCCCCUGCUACUCAAUGCAAGCCUCGUGCAGUCGACACUGGAUACAGUACGUCAUCAUACCACCUUAGCAGGCCUGCCUGGCGUAUGGAACUGUGUGCAUGCCCUGUACGCCGGCGCACUGUCACUGACGCAGCCUGCUGCGGGCCUCACCACCGAUGCAGGAUGGGGCUGCAUGCUUCGGUCUACGCAGUCGCUCGUGGCCAACGCCCUCGUGCGAGCGCAUGGCGGACGACAAGGGUGUAGCGACGCACAGCUGGUGCGCAUAACCUCCUGGUUCCUUGACGAUCCCAGCAGUGAGUGCGCUUGUAGUCUGCACCGCCUCGUCGCUCACGGCGUGCAAAUGGACCAGCCUGUGGGCACUUGGUACGGCCCUAGCAUCGCGGCUGCCGCCGUGACGCGGUGCCUCCACGCGUACGAACCCUGUGGCCUCGGUGUGGCGACGACCAAUGACGGCCUGAUUUACGUGGAUCAGGUGACGCAAGCCUCCAUGGCGCCAGGCACGGAGCAGCCUUGGACACGCCCCGUCCUCGUCCUUGCAGCGCAGCGCCUCGGCCUGGGCUCGGUCCCUGCGUCGUACCAGCAUGCGCUGAAGCAGCUGUUCACGCUCCCACAGAUGAUCGGGAUCGCAGGCGGACGGCCUAGCGCUUCCCUCUACUUUGUCGGCGUGCAGCAGGAUCAGCUGCUGUACCUCGAUCCACACCAGGUGCGUCCGAGUGUCCCAUUCCGGCACCCACCCCCGACGCUGCUGCACUCGCCGCUGCGUGAGCACCAAGCGCUGCUCGAUGCAUGGUACACACGGGCGUACUCCAGCGAAGAGCUGGCAACCUUCCACACGCCGCAGCUACAGUCCAUGCCUCUGAGUGCGAUGGAUCCCAGCGUGUUGUUGGGCUUUGUCUGCAUGAAUGCCGAGGACCUGGCCGACCUGCAGAUCCGCGCGACCCAGUUGGAAGCGCCUUUGUUUGAUGUGGCUAUGCACAAACCUAUGUAUGAGUCGAAGGAGCCAUUGCCGGAAGCUCACAACAAAAACGAGAAAUCCAAGAACAGCCAAAAUGACAACGAUGAUGACAAGAGCAGUACCAGCGAUGGAUGGACCGUCGCCUCAUAG